AUGUGCUGCCUUAUGUUACUGAGCUUCCUUAUAUCUGCUAGCAGUAUGCUGAUGAAAGGUCUAUGUUCUUCUCAAUAUUGUGAUUUCAUGCCAUCAACAAUCCAUCGCCAGAAGCGUCUUCGGGAAUCACCAACCUUUUUCCCUGGUUAUACCGGUGCUGUUAAAAAUGAAUGCCCUUUGUUUAUGCAGUUUCAAGAUGAUAUAUCAGAUAAGGCUGCUGAAUCCUUUGGGUUGUCUUUUCCAAUUGAACUAGAUCCCGCAAUAAAGAACUCCCAGUCAUUUGGUUUAUUCCCAGGUACCCGUAUUGAAUCAUCACCGCCGUCGACAUUGGAGUUCCACCGAGAAAAAGAAGACAUAUUUCAAGUUAUAGCGAAAGUUUACGACGAUAACAAAUGCCCCCGUCGCAAAUUCUAUAAUAUCUUUGAAAACGACGACGAUUUAACUCCACCUCCAGUGCCUCCCAACACGGUAAAGAAAAAACGACGAUGGAGAAAAAGGAAAACGACGCCGAAAAACCGGAUGAGCACCUCGUCGGCUAAGAGCGGAUUCUUUACCAGCGGAAGCUUUGAAGACUAUGGUAUUAACGACAGAGAAACGGAAACCCUUGUUUCAGCUUCGAGGAGCUUCUCCACUGAUUUCAUCUCAGAGAUGUUCAACACCAACUUAAAAAUUAUACCGGAAACAAAGCCUACGAGGCAAAGCAAGAAGAAACCAAAGAAAAUUAAGAAGACAAGAAGGUACGCUAUAAGAUUUUCGUCAUCAGAGAGCGAAUCGCCAGCGAGGUUGUUGAGCUUCUUGCAACGGAUGAUACCGUGCGCGGUGGACGGCAGAGUGAGGGAGAGUUUUGUGAUGGUGAAGAAAUGGGAGUUUUGUAGUGACGAAUCUCCAACUUUUCUCAGGUAA